AUGGAGCAACCCAAGCGCCGACAAGAGCGCUACACGAAUGCGCAACGCAAGGUGCCAUUUGCAGAGUUCAGCAUGUUCAACGACUGGCGCUUGAAGGAAGCCAAGACCUUGUCAAGCACACGGCAUGGACGACAUGCAACCCUCGGUGGGCAAGGUCACAAAGAACUUACCCCGAUCACCGACAACAUAUUAGCGUACAUGUGA